CCCUGACAUUAUUUUUUUUUUUUUCUCCUGCUCUUUUUUUAUUUUAUUUUUCCCACGGGUCUUUAAAAAAAAUAAAACAUGUCUUUUCUUUUUUCACGUUUUUCUUUUUCUCCCAUAUUAUCAAAACACAUUGCUACCAUGUCUACUUUAUCUGAAUCUCAACGUCAAACUCUUUUACAACCUUUGUUAUCUUCUGGCUGGUCCAUGGUUGAUAAUAGAGACGCCAUUAUCAAAAAAUAUCAAUUCAAAGAUUUUAAUCAGGCUUUUGGUUUCAUGACUCGUGUUGCUUUGAAAGCUGAUAAAAUGGAUCACCAUCCUGAAUGGUUUAACGUUUACAAUCGCGUGGAAAUUACUUUAUCAACUCAUGACUGUGGUGGUUUAUCUACUAGAGAUAUUGAAUUAGCCUCCUUCUGUGAUUCUCUUUAACUUAAUCAUUGUUUUUAUUGUUAUUCUACUUUUUGACUAGUUUGAACAUGAUUCUUUUUUUUUUUUGGGAUGAAUAAAAAAGAAUAUUGGUUAGAUUGAUCUUUUUUUUUUUUAAUGGACAGCUUUUACAAUAUGGCUGGUGAUGGGAUGAUGGAUGCAUGAACAAAAUACGUUGGAUUGACUUUUAUAAUGCUUUUAACCUUUUGAACUUUCUUCUUAUUUCCCUUUUUUUUUUUUUCCUUAAUGUUUGAAUUUUUUUUUAUUUU